ACGCAAUUGGACCCUGAACCUGAGAGAUCCUGCUGUCUGUCUGACCAAUAAGGCUGCUCUUCUGGAGAGGGAAGCUUCUUUCUGGCAUAUUCUUACUUAACAAAUAAGACAAACCUGGAACCGCAAAAUCCAGGAGAGAGCAUUUCAACAAACAGCCCACUUUAAGGAUGCAGGACGGGAGUUGGAAUCAGCCACUCCCCAUCUCUCUGCUGCUAAAAGACUCAGCAGCAGGCAGGACUCUGGAGGGCGAUGGAGGUGUGUUUUCUGAGGCGUCCUCUGACGGGGAACUCUACCUGGACUCUGUGACAGAGCUGGAUUCUGGAGACGGGGACUUUGCAGAUCUCACUGCCUUCUUAAAUGCAGAAGAGAUUAAUCGUAGCCUGGACCUGGCCCGGGAGGCCUUUGGUGAAUCUGAAGAUCCAGGCCCCUCUAAUCCUACACCCCAGGAGCAGGUUCUCCAAUCAAUCCCCAAUCCCUCCCACCCUGUGAACACCCAGACAACUGAAAGCCUCACCACAAGCCAAAACCUGUACCGCCAGACCAAAGCCCCCUGCCCAGAUGAUAACGCAGCAGUUAAAGCCUCUCCCAGCCAGAACGCUGCCCUCAGCAAACCUGUACAGGUGUCCGGUGAGGCCCCGUCCUCUGCUGAGAAGGCUGUCCGUCACAAACCCAUGCAGCCCGUUUAUAAGCAGGAUAAACCCAGGCUGGUUCAUGCAGACCUGGAGCUGAAUGAUCGGGCUGCUUCAGCCACGGAGUUCUGUAGCCGAGCUGCCACGUUCAUCGAGGAGCUGUCCUCUAUUUUCAAAGGUUCUACUCAUCUGGAGCAGCAGGUGGAGGAGGACUCGUCCUCUCCUGAUAGUGGCUAUCUGUCUCCCAGGAGCCAGCGGCCAGUCCCUCAGGGCUCUGCCUCUGCCCCCUCUCUGCCUCCCAGCCAGCCAGAGCAGACUCAGUAUAGCCAGACAGACACGGCCCCUCAGCCUGGAGGCCUGGUGGGGCUGGCAGCUUCUGCACGGUAUCAACACUCUGGAGCACCGACCACAACUGGACCUCUGUCUCCUCCUCAAUUCCUCCAGAAGCUGAAGAGUCAGGAGGUGGCAGAGGGAAGCCCCAUCCGUCUGGAAUGUCGAGUCAGAGGAAACCCCCUGCCGCUCGUCAGGUGGUUCUGUGAGGGCCGUGAGCUACACAACUCUCCCGACAUACAGAUCUGGAGGGAUGGUGACCUGCACACACUAGUGAUCACUGAAGCCUUUGAGGACGAUACAGGACGUUACACCUGCGUGGCGUCCAACAGUCUUGGAGCAGACAAUACCUCUGCUGAGGUUUACAUUGAAGGAGCUUCGUCCUCAGACUCAGAAGGAGAAGGAGCAGCAUCAAAAUCCAGAUCAGGAACCAUGCCUCAGGUACAGAAGAAGACAACUUCAAUGUCCCUAACAAUUCGCUCAUCAUCUCCCAAAACCACUGAUGUCCUUCCUCAUCGCUCCACUCUGGUCCAGUCCCUGUCUCAGCCCCAACAGCGGAUGCAGAGCCCAGUGUCUUCACUGUAUGGUGCUGAGGUGUCAGGCCCCCCUGUAUUCACCAAGCUCUUGCAGGAUGCUCAGGCGUCUGAGGGCCAGGUGGUGGUUCUGGAGUGCAGGGUCCGUGGAAGCCCUCCUCUGCAGGUCCGAUGGUACCGCCAGGGAGAGGAGAUCCUGGACUCCCCUGAUUUUCGUAUUCUCCAGAAAAAGCCUCGAUCUGCAGCUGAGCCAGAGGAGAUCUGCACCUUGGUAAUAGCUGAGGCCUUUCCAGAGGAUGGAGGUCUGUUCUGCUGCACAGCGUCAAACCCAUAUGGCUCCAUUAACAGCACAGCCCAACUCACUGUCACUGCAGCAUCCGAGGACUCAUCCAGUAAUGGCAUGUCUGGUGAUAGCUCUGGGUUUGAGGAUACGGCAGCCUUCCCCCCUCCUCCCCCACCUACAGAGAUCAGCCUCCUGGAGCUGCCACCCAAGACGCUGCCUCAUCCCGCCACUGAGGCUUUCCAUAUCAAGGAGCUGGAGAUCUGGCCCAGUGUGUCAGCUCUGCCUCCAGUACAAAUAGGCUCAGAGGUGGAGGACAAGGACAAGGGGAAAGCGUCUGCACAGAAUGGCCAACCUCUGAAUCCGCCAUCACCUCCAAGCCCGCCUAAAGAGACCACACCGGCACCCCCACCUCCUCCUCCACCACCUCCACCUCUACCACAGUCUGACCUUAUGGCAGAUAUUCCAGUCAUAGCCAGUCCAGCUCAAGUGUCACCAGAGUCACCUCCAACCCCAGGCAAGCUGUCUCCAUCCCCUGCAAAGGAUGGUCCUCCACUGCCCACAAAGCCCAAACCAAAGCUAGCUGAGAGUAUAGAGGAGGAGACAGAAAAUUACAGGAACGCGUCCCAGUUGAAGCAGCUGCAGGACCAGAUUCUGUUGGAACAGCAAGAAGCAGCCAAUUGGCAACAGCAGCAGGAACAGCAGAGCCAGGAAGUCCCGCCUCCACCCCAGCAAGCACCUCAGGAAUUGCCGCCACCUGCUCCACCAUCUCCACCUCUCCCCCCUCCUCCCUCCUUCCAGGAGUUGGAGAACAGCGUCACCAUGCAGGCCAGCACCUUCAACUAUGCCCGGCCCAAGCAGUUCAUCGCUGCUCAGAGCCCCGGAGGGUCGGCCUACGUCACCCAGUCCUCUGGCUCGUCAGGGUCCAGCCUGUCCUCCCCGCUGUCUCCUCCCACCUCGCAUAAGCCCUUCAGCAGGGUCACCGUGCCCCCCUUCACCAAGGCCGGCAGCGUGGAGUCUCCGAGCUCUCCUUCCUUCCCGCCUCCACCUCCGCCCUUCCUCAGCUCCAGUAACCUGUCCUCUCCAUCAGGCCCUGCCCAAGACUUCCCUCCUCCCCCACCUCCUCCUCCUCCACCCAUGUCCAUGUCUCCAGCCCACUCAGAUAUGUCCUCUCCAUUCUCCUCCGUCCCUCCAUCUCCAGCCUCUAGCUUCCUGUCCUCAGUGUUGCCCUCCACACCCUCCACACCCGGCAGUCCUACAGUCAACGCCCUGGGCCUGCCUAAGGGAAAUGGGACUGUCAAAGCGUUCCCUAGGAAGUCUUCGGUCACCAAGACACCCCGCAUCGCCUCUGACUCGGACAUUCAGGGAUCCAAGGACGCCGUCAUCCAGGAUUUGGAGAGAAAACUGCGCUUUAAAGAGGAGCGCAUAAGCAAUGGUCAACAGAGGUUAACCUAUGAGGAGAAGAUGGCUCGCAGACUGCUGGGUGCUGACAACGCUGCCACAGUCUUAAACACACAGGACACAGAGGAGGAGCCAGUCACACAGGAAGACAAGUCAUCUGAUAGAGAAUCUUACCCUCAAAAGGAAUACAAAGUGUCCAGCUUCGAGCAGCGCCUGAUCAGCGAGAUUGAGUUCCGUCUGGAGCGCUCUCCAGUGGAGGAGUCGGACGACGACGUGCAGCACGACGAAGACUCUGCCGGCCAGGGGGUGGCACCAUCCUUUGAUCAGAAGCUUAAACACUACAAAGUCUUUGAGGGCAUGCCAGUCACCUUCUCCUGUAAGGUCCAUGGAGACCCCAAACCAAAGGUCUACUGGUUCAAGGAUGGCAAGCAGAUCUCUAAGAGAAGCGAGCACUACAGGAUCAGCCGUGAAGCCGAUGGCACCUGCUCCCUUCACACAGCUGCAGCCUCGCUGGAUGAUGACGGCAACUACACCAUCAUGGCAGGCAACCCUGAGGGCAGGGUAAGCUGCACCGGCAGGAUGAUGGUCCAGGCGGUGAACCAGCGAGGCCGCAGCCAGCGCUCUGCACCUGGACACAUGCGCAGGCCCAGGUCCAGGUCUAGAGACAGCGGUGACGAGAAUGACAACAUCCAAGAGCGUCACUUCCGCCCCCACUUCCUGCAGGCGCCAGGCGACCUCAUCGUUCAGGAGGGCCGACUGUGCAGGAUGGACUGCAAGGUGAGCGGCUUACCCACCCCUGACCUCAUCUGGCAGCUGAACGGACAGACCAUCCGUCCCGACUCCGCCCACAAGAUGCUGGUGAGGGAAAACGGCGUGCACUCAUUGGUCAUCGAGCCCGUGACCAGCCGUGACGCUGGCAUCUACACCUGCAUCGCCAGCAACCGAGCUGGGCAGAACUCAUUUAACCUGGAACUCAUUGUUGCAGCCAAAGAGAUGCACAAGGCCCCAUCAUUUGUGGAGAAGCUGCAGAACACAAGCGUGGCUGAGGGUCAUCCUGUGCGGCUGGAAUGCCGCGUCACAGGGGUUCCCUACCCACAAAUCUUCUGGAAAAGGGAGAAUGAGUCUUUCACCCACAACACAGACAGAAUCAGCAUGCACCAGGACAACUGUGGCUACCUGUGUAUGAUCAUCCAGCCAGCCAUGAAAGAAGACGCCGGCUGGUACACUGUGUCAGCCAAGAAUGAUGCAGGCAUCGUAUCCAGCACCGCACGCCUCGACAUCCACACUCAGUGGCAGCAGCCCAACCUCCCCAAGCCUAAGAAGGUGCGUCCCUCCACCAGCCGCUACGCUGCACUGACAGAGAGAGGGCUGGACGUGAAGGCGGCCUUCUUCCCGGACUCCAGCCCACUGCAGCCCGGCGGCUUGGUGGAAAGCGACGACCUGUAAGAGAUCACAGGCAGGUGCGAGGAUUUACGACAUCACCCCCAAAAAAAAGAAUAAAAAAAAAACCUUGAAAGCUGCCCUUGCUCCCAGCACAGAUACUUUACGACAGCGAGAGGGGGGCAGGAUAUAACCUCGUCCACCAUCAUUGAACUGCAGAUACAGAACUAAGGGCGUCGGUGGGCAGAGUGAGCUGGUGCAGCCGUGGUUUUCUUAUGUUUUUAUAGUAUGACACAACCCAUUAUAUUACAGAAUUCAUCAAGGUGUUUGCCCAAGCUUCAUUUUAUCAACUGGACCUGGAAAAUCAUUGACAAGAAAAGACUGUUUAAAAAUCUGCUCUCUCGUGUCUCAUGAACUUUACGGUUGACUCUGUUCUGCAAAGCGCCUCCUGUUUAAGUGCCUCUCAUUUCUGUACAAGGUUUAAAAAUUAUUCAAAACAUAGAAUUACUAUGCAUGUUCAAGUGGUGCCAUUUGCAAUACACAGAGUAAUACUGUAUCUAGCACUCUCAGACUAUGUGCAGAGAAGACUUAAAAAGAGACUGAAUGAUUCAAAGCAUCAUAGCUUUGACAAAGGAGAUCACAGACUUUUAUAAUGUGGGCUUGUGUAGCACAGUGCUGAUAUCUACAGUAUCUGAUUAUAGCAUCAUACAGUCUCAGUGUUGUCAGGUCAUAGAUUAGCUUACAGAUAUUGGACAAGGCCGGGCCUUACAAACAGUAUGUUUAGUGUUUUGGGGAAUUUUUUUGUUGUUGUUUAGUGAAAGAAAUGAGGUUUAGGAAAGAGAAAGCUUUCACACGGAUGAGAUUUGUUUGGUUAUGGGUGCAACUGAUCGGAUUAAACAGGAAGAGACAGAUGGAAAAAAGCAGGUUUUUGUGAUGGACGUCAAUUUUAAUGUGGUAAGAAGGAUGUGAAUGACAGCGGCAGUGGUGAAGAUGAAAGUUGUGAUAUAGAAAUAUGGAAAACUUUUGGUGAUGGUGGGUCACUUCUCUGAUUUUUUUUCUUCUCUGACAGUUUAUUUUACAAGUGUGAAAUGAAAUGUUCUCACUCAAGAGAGAGGGUGCUGUGAAAGGUUUCAGUGUAUUUGUCACACACAUCACAGAUUGUCCAUUUUAUUUUUGUAUGGAAAAAAAAAACAUAAUCUUUACUUUCCCAACAAUCUUGACAUAAAUUAUAUCAGCAACCUUUUGUUCACUGAUAAAACAAUCCUUUCUGUAUCAUGAAGUUUUAUAAAUAUAUUUACUGCCUUAAAUCACUUUUUAGGCUUAAUGUAAACACAAUUUUCUUUGCAUGUUAGUUUUGGACACUUGUACGGUGCCAAACAACUUUACCAGGAUGUACAAAAACACAGCUUUUUUUCCAGUAAUCAGGGGUAGCAGACACUCUUAAGCUGGCAAAAAGUGAAAAGCAAGGUAUAUUUAUAUCUACUAUUUUUGUCACCUCUGUAAUACUAUACAAAGUGGACAUCUUUUUCUGUGUCUGUUCAGAGCUUGCAUCAGCUGACAGUUACUGUGUUUGCACAUUUCUAUGCCAAUCAAUGCCUGUAUAUGGAUUGUUCUCCUGAUAUUAUUUUAGGUUAUGAAAGUUAAUAAAAAUCUCUUCAGACA